GUUUGAUUGAUCAAACUUCUAUAAACUCAAAGUAAAUUUCUAUUCCUGGUGGUAUGAUCUUAUAUUUUUAAAACAUAAAUGUGAUUUUUAACUGUUUAUACAUCAUACAUUCAUUUUUCACACAUUAUACUUCCUGGAGGAGCUGCUAAAGGGCUGCAAUGAAACUGCUUACUUUGGUUGUGUUGAUUGUUGCUACAUUUGCUGUCAAUUGUCGGCGUAGCGAUAUCAAAGAAAAGAGUACUUCAAGAUCGUUCGUAUCAGAUAUCUUGGCAAAGUUCGAUUCAGAAUUUGAAACAAAAAAAAAAAAAUGUGAAGAUAAAAAAAAAUCUAAUGAGGUGCCAAGUGGUAAAAUUGAUUCACCUCUUGAAACAUACGGUUACCCUAACUUUGAUGAAAAUACCAAAAGUGUAACAGUACAUCCUGGAGCCACUCUUAUGCUAUCCAACAAAGUGAAGCAACCAAUUAGAAUCGGUUCACGCGAUUACGUGAUAUCUGGUAAAGCUGAAGAAAUUGUUGCAUUUUUUGAGUGUUUUGGAGAUUACGAUAUCAUCGGCUCUGAAUUAAAUUUAAAUGGUAGCUGGCCUGACAAUACAGGCCAAAUAAAGAUUGAGCUUCAAAAUAUUUUUCCCGGAGAUAGUAAUUUCAAGAAUACUCUUUUUGAAACCAUGUUUGAUUUGAGUAUGGACGCUAUUCUAAAAACUAUUAGUCCAGCAGGAAAAGUUUAUGCGUCAGGAUACGAAGUUAUCAAGGCUUUGAAACCCAUUAUGGAUUAUUUGCCGUCACAAUCUGAUUUUAUAGAGAAAGCGACAGAAAUUUAUGUAAAAAUGAUAUCUGAAGAUGAAAAGAAAAAAGAAAUGCUAAAUUGGUUAAAAGAGCAAGACAAGUCUAACAAGCAAAUGUGGAAAAAACCGGAAAACAUAAAAAAGAAUGAUAAGCUUUUGAUGUCAUUGGUCAUGUAUACCAAACCAGAAAAAACUAUACGUGCUACAUACAACACCGGUAUGUCCAAAAUUUCAAUGAAAGAAAUCGCAAAUAUUUUGAAACUUUUUUUUAAGAUUUAAUGUAUAUAUGAUUUAAACUAAAUAUGAGUUUUCUAUAAGGGUCCGAAGCAUACAUCGGACCGCAAUAAAAAAACUGUAUUUUGUGAAAAUAAAAACUCAUACGCAAA